AAGACUGCCUUACAUCUAUUGGCUGGCAGCAUGUCGAGGGGCGGAGCUACAGGCAGACAAAACAGAGAAGAUGCGCUUCCGUGAACCAGUCAAGAGUUGCGACAGUGUUUGGUCAGCUACAUCACUCUGAACUGCUUUGAGUACUCUAGUAGCGUAAUAUCCACGGUUGUUUCUCGUGCACGUAUUUAAACAUUUAAAUCUUCAAUUAAAGAGCCUUUUUUUUUAAUCAUCGCUUACUAAUUGAACUUGGUGAGCUUCCUGUGGAGAAGAGGCAAUAUGGAUUUGGUAUAUCUGGUGUGUUUGGCGCUGAGCAUCGGUUCAUGGUUCGCCUGUGCGGAGAGACACAGCGUCUACUGGAACAGCACCAAUCCAAACUUCCUGUGGGAUGAGUAUGCAGUGGAAGUGCGUAUCAACGACUAUCUGGACAUCAUCUGCCCCCACUACACCCACGGCGAGGUGUCCUCGCAUGCAGCAGAGCGCUAUGUGCUGUACAUGGUGGAGAAGGAUGACUACGAGGUGUGCAAGCCCCACUCCUUCGACCAGCUCCGUUGGGAGUGCUCGAGGCCGUUCGCUCCCCAUGCUCCCGAGAAAUUCUCUGAGAAAUUCCAGCGUUUUACUCCCUUCACCCUGGGCAAGGAGUUCAGACAGGGAGAGAGCUAUUAUUAUAUCUCCAAGCCAAUGCAUCACCAUGGCCAGGAGUGUUUAAGGCUGAAAGUGGAUGUCGUCGGACUUAACGGCUCCGGAAAAAACAAAGUAGAUAAAUCCAAGGUGGAAGAUACAGUAAAAAGCUUGGAUGGAGAAAAAGUGAAGUUUCCCGCUGCCGGAGGAGUUCACAACCCAUCUAACCGGCUCCCAGCAGAUGACCCUGCUGUGAUGGAGCCAAACGUUCAGAGGAGCAUCGGCAGUUCAGGAGCACAGCUGGUCUCCUUUUCACUUUUCUUUACCGUGAUCUCAGUACUAUUAGCCCUGAUGCUACACUAAGGCUGAGCAAGCCCUUACAGCAGAGACGAUGCUAACUCAAUGCCGGUCAUUGGGACACUGAAUGAACACUGAGAUUUUUUUUUAUAACAGAUUUUUUUAUACAAGCAUGGAGAGUGUUGUUAGUGUGCGUUUGCGUGUGUGAGAAUGUGGAACGUGGAUCGUUCCAAAGAAGAAGACCUCUUUUUUUUUUUAUUAUGAGGAUGAGAAUUCUCAUUUGUGACCCUUUAAGAUGCACUCUUUUUUUUUCAUUAUGAACAAAACUGCAAGCAACCUGAUCAAAGUACUAAUGGAUUGAUAUCAUAUUGAAAAUGACAAGGAGUAUGUUGUCUUCAUGAUCCUGUGUUUUCAUUAUUGGUACAGAUUUGCAUUACGCUCCUCAUCUCCAGCUGUUGAUGUAAUUUUUCCUUCUCUACAUGUAGAGAAAUUAUUAAUUCUGUGUACUGGAAAUGUUGUCGCCUACUGCCAAGGUGGCUUUUUGUCAUGUUGUUUUGUAGCACUCAGCUCCCUGUUAUAUCUCUGUUAUAGUCUGUCAAAGUACCACUGUGACAUCACUGCUGAUACAAAAGCAGUCACUGUGGUUUAAAAGAGCACUACUAAAAGUAUCCGAUAUCACACUUUUUGUUUUCAGUUCAGUUAUAAGAAAACACAAGAAAACAUUUCAAAGAAAUCCAGACCAGCGGUUCUCAACCUUCUUUUUGGAGCCACAUUCUGACAUUUUAUACUCUAUUUGAUUUUUUUAAAAUUGACCAGAAUUUAUUUGGACCCUCAAAUUUUUGGUCCUCAUAGUUGAUAACAUAUUUUCAUGAGGGUUUGGGACCGGAGAUUGAGAUCCACUCAUCAGAAACAGAUACAUUAGGAUUUUAAAACUAACAGGGGGUUUUAGGGAGCUGAGCCUCUUCAGUACUUUUGGUUAUUCACUCAUUUCUACUGCACACGGUACACUGGCUGAUGUGCAGAUGUGAUUCCACUUGCACACUGUCAAACCUCAAACUGAAGGGACUUCCCAGAAUACAUUUACAGUUGUUUAUUCUUUUGUUAAAAAUGCUUGUUCUCAUUUUGUAAAUGUUUAUAUGUAAAUGUGUAAAUAGAGAAAAAACUAUAAGAGACUGUUUAAAGAUGUGAAAGAAGUCUUUAGUGAAAUAAAAAAAUUGU